AUGUCUAAUUACACUAUUAAGAAUCCUACUGCGAUCAGUAGAGAAUAUAUGGUUCGAAAGUUCAAUCAAGCGUUUAACAUGGAUAUAACUUAUGGUUUCUUCAAAAACAAGCUUGAUGAAUUCAAAAAAAAUUACAAAAGGUGGAAGGUUCUUAUGCAUAAAACUGGGAUUAUGGUUGAUUCUGAUACAUCUAUGAUAUAUGCAUCCGAAUCAUGGUGGGCGGACCAAGAGUUUGUAAACGUGGGAAUAGCUUACAAAGAUCUGGGCGAACCUCCCGAGUUUCUAUUGGAAGUGGUUCACGAGGAAAUCAUAUGCGACAAUCAUUUGAAACAACUAUACGAGACACCAUUUCUGGGUAUAGAGAAUCUAAACGACAAAGUUUUCAACAACUUCGUCCCGGUGGUUUUGACCAAGAUGAUUAUGAUGAAUUUAAAAAUGCAGAAACAAUAUUCAUUGCGCUAG